CCCAAAUUCAAGCUUCCGUAUCAGGUCACCCCGACCAGGGAGAGUGGACCCAGCCAGGCAGAGAGGAGGUUGGAAGCGUUGACGCUGGAGCUGGAGAAGGAGUUGGAGAUGCACAUGAAGAAGGAAUAUUUUGGUAUUUGUAUAAAGUGCGGAAAGGGCGUAUAUGGAGCGAGCCAGGCUUGCCAAGCAAUGGGUAACCUCUACCAUACCAACUGCUUCACCUGCUGCUCUUGUGUAUUCGGGCUUUCAACAGACAGCAGACAAGUGCUUUGUUUGUGGACACCUCAUAAUGGAAAUGAUCUUACAGGCUCUUGGAAAGUCAUACCAUCCUGGCUGUUUCCGCUGCGUGGUCUGUAAUGAAUGUCUGGACGGAGUCCCCUUCACUGUAGACGUGGAGAACAAUAUUUACUGUGUCAAAGACUAUCACACUGUUUUUGCACCAAAAUGCGCUUCCUGUAACCAGCCAAUUCUACCAGCACAGGGCUCCGAGGAGACCAUUCGAGUGGUGUCAAUGGACAGAGAUUACCAUGUAGAAUGUUAUCACUGCGAGGACUGCGGUCUCCAGCUCAACGAUGAAGAAGGCCAUCGUUGCUAUCCUUUAGAGGGCCACCUACUCUGUCAUGGCUGUCAUAUUAGGCGCCUCAAUAUCAAAGUGCCACCACAUCCACCUCCAAGCUACCCAAUGCAUGUUACAGAACUCUGAAAGACACUUUCUAUAGCAAUGAAUCGUGAGAGAGAAGAUGGAAGAACUAAAAAUGACUUUCCAGUUUUUAAAGAUGAAAUUCCUCUAAUAAUCCUCUAAACCAACUAUUUAUUUUUUUUUAAAUCCUCUGUCAGAGGGGCCUCUAUGAUCAUGUCCAUGUUUCCAUUUACCUUCUGCAUUUUCACUGAGACACCACUUACUUGAGAAAAAAAAAAAUGAUGCACCACUGAACUACCUGUAAGCAGCAGCAUUUCCCAGUACAGUGGUACGAAAGCCACUCAUUGCAGUGGGAGUUUUGCCUGAGUAAGAAGUGUAGAAUUAAUCCCCCUGAGUUAGCAACCUACAUAUCACAACAAGUGUGAUAAGAUAAAUACUAGCAUUUUAGCUAGUCCCAUUGCAUCCUAGUCUUAGAGAAUAAACAUUCUCACAUUUCUGGAAUACUUAGAUUCCCAGCAGUAGUUCAUAGGAAGCAAAGUAAAUAUAUUUUUAGUAACAAAAAUCUUCAACCAUGGGUUAAUUGGUGGUAUUCACACCUAGGAAAGGCUUCGGGCCAUCUUUUCCAUCCUAUUUGCUGUCACAGUGAUCCAACAGAGUAUUUAGCCUGCUGCAGAAACAUGGCAGGUGUCUCCUAUAGGAAGCACAUUACAGAAGAAUGUGUCCAUUCGCAAAGUUAAGAUUCUCUCAUAAAGGGUUAUUGCAUAUGAAGAAAAUUCUGGCUCUCCAUAAUAACUUGCCACUUACAUGCUUGAUUUGUUGUAGUGGCACGAGACCAACCGCAGCUUUAAAAGCGUUUGUCAUGUUCUUCUGGUGAUUUGGCACUUACUAAGCAAUCCAUUUUGUAAACCUGUUUUUGUUACUAGGUUUAGCAGCCCUUUUGGCUCUGCGAGGAGACACUUCUAUGUCUCAAUCCUACUUGUUUUAUACAAGACUUCAUUUGUUACAAACUGCUUUGCAAUUUUUUUCGUUACAUUUUAAAAAUUGGCAGCAGUUCUGCCAUCUUUUCAGUUUGAUGUGUUCUUUUCCAGAUGUAAUUUUGAAUGAUUACAGUGAUCAUCUUCAUUUGAAAACCAAGCAUGAUUUAGCAGAAAUAAUAAUUUAGAGUUUCAGACAAUUGAAACAGAAAUUGGUAUUUUAUAACAAGUAUUAGAUGUACAUAGAAUGUACACACUUCAUCUUUUGCAUAAGCUUUUACAGUAACCUCAGAACUCUGGGGUAAUAUAUAUCUUCCAUAUAGGAAGUUAGAUGAAUCUUUUUUUAAUGUUUGUUUUCUACUGUGCGUUGAUGAUUUACAUGCAAUCACACAUCUGUAUGUUUAAAUAACAAUUCCAUGUAUUCUCAUGAGAAUUGAUCUACGCUUUCCUGAAAUUAUUUUAUAGUUUGAAAUAUGGCCAUCACACCCUUCCUCAGAUAUAUUUAAAUGACAAAAUGUUUUUACUGUGAAUUAGGUGGAAAUAUCAGGCAAGAUUCUCAACAUGUGUAAAUUGAAAGACCUGCAGUGACUUCAACGAAGUUAUGCAGAUUUACACCACCUAAGAAUCUGUCCUAUCAGUUUUAGGAUUGUCACAUGUUAAGUUUCAUCAAACUAAUUAAGGAAAUAGCUAUUUGGCAACACCAUUGAAGUGUAGUAUAUGAAGACUCCAUUGAUGCAAUAAGGCAAUUCAGGAUAUGGUUGGAAAGCACAAGGAGCAACCAAUGGGCUCUGAUUCCUGAAUGGAAUAAUUAACUCAUGAGAUUCUCACUCCCUUUAUAGAGCUUUUUGAUAUUCCAAAAUAUCUUUAUUCAUUGAUGAUGGGAAGAGAUGAAUGUAACAGUUCAGAAACUGCUGCUGAAUUGUCUGGUUGGCAAAGAUUAAUCUGCCCUACUGGAUGAUCGUCAGUAAGUCCAAUGUGCCUUUAACCAGUCAUUUUAUAAUUAAUAGCUGGCUUAGUUAAUGUGAAAGCCAUGUUUUGGAGCACUGCUAAUGCUACAAAUAACCUCCUACAGUGGCAGUAAAAAUUAACCUUCUCACAAAUCUGACUUUAUUGAAGUAACUCGAGGAAUUUGCCUAGUAAUGAAAGUAUCAAAUUGAGGGUGUCAAAGCUUAAAGGUAAAUAUUUUGUAUUAGUCACAGCAUAAUACUUUUCCAUUUCACAAAACAGCUUUGGGCUUCAAGGCAUUGUAUUAGCAUGCGUUAUUGUUCAAACUAUAUGUAUAAAACCCCCACUUUAA